CGGGAGCCUGGGCCCCAGGCUGCGGCGGCGGCGGCGGCGGCAGCGGCGGAGGAGAGGGCGUGCGGUCCGGCCGGGCGCGAUGAGCGGGGCCGGGGCGGCCGGCUCGGUGCGCGGGCUGCGGGUGGACGGGCUGCCCCCGCUGCCCAAGAGCCUGAGCGGGCUGCUGCACUCGGCGUCGGGGGGCGGCGCGUCGGGGGGCUGGCGGCACCUGGAGCGGCUGUACGCGCAGAAGUCGCGCAUCCAGGACGAGCUGAGCCGCGGGGGCGCAGGCGGCGGCGGGGCGCGGGCCGCCACGCUGCCGGCCAAGCCCCCCAACCUGGACGCCGCGCUGGCCCUGCUGCGCAAGGAGAUGGUUGGCCUCCGACAGCUGGACAUGUCCUUGCUCUGCCAGCUGUACAGCCUCUACGAGUCCAUCCAGGAAUACAAGGGAGCGUGCCAGGCAGCGUCCAGCCCAGACUGCACUUACGCCCUGGAGAACGGCUUCUUCGAGGAGGAGGAGGAGUAUUUCCAGGAGCAGAGCUCCCUCCGCGAUGGGAGGGAGCGAGGCCCCCCAAGGGACCUGUCACUGCCCGUCUCCCCGCUCCCUAGCGGUGACUGGAUCCUGGAGUCCAUCUAAAGGACUUGGGAGGGAGGCGACUGUCAGCGUGUACUUCUCCUCUGCUUCCCCUUUGUGGGCGGUCCUUGGGCCUGUGGGACCAGCGCUGCCAGUUUAAUUUGCAGGCAGGGACAUCUGACUGGGUGCAGGGCCGCGGUCUGUUUGGAGAGCCACUUUCUGCUGGGGUGACCUGUGGUCAAGGAUUUAUACUGAGAGCAUAACGAGAGGAUCCCUGGAGAAGACCUUCUCGGGUGUUUUGUGCAAGAUGAGAGGACUUGUAUGUAGCUAGCUACUUUCUUACAGAUAGGGUUUGCCUCCAGUUUGCAGUGUAUGAGAGCUAACAUUUCGCUGCCGCCCUUCUUCAGUACGCUCGGCAGCCUUUCUUGCUGUUUCAUGAGCUUUGAAGCCACUUGGGUAAGCUUUAUUUAUUUGUAAGCUGCAUUACUAACUGUCCAGGUGACUCAGUAAAAGCUUUGUACUGAGCAAGUGAACAUUUCAGGUCACACCAAUCAAGAGAACUGCAUUCUCUUAACCUGUCAACAAAUGUGGGUACAUUCUUUGUCCAUCAGAUAUGGGAGGAAGGAAGAUAGGACAGAGAUACCUCGAGUGGGGAAAAAAACUGGAGCAAGCUAUGUUUGGUAUCAGUUACUGUAAGGUGGUGAGCAUUUUUGGUUUUAAAGAUUCUGAAUGUCAGCUAGUGUGUUAGAAAGCAAAGUCUUCCACUCAAAACGGUGAUCACCUUAAGCCUUACUAUAUUUAUUAAAGUCUUUUAUGAACAUGUUACACUUUGUAGGUUGCAAGCGAGGAUAAAAUGCUAAACUGUCUGUGGUCGUGUAUCGAUAUUACUUUGGUCUGAAUUAAAAAUCGUCAACUUCCGUAA